GCCUGAUGGAGCCCAACACUCACCAUAUCCCGCCCUCCACUGGUCUCCAACACCCGAUGUUGAUUGAUCCAUGUCAACAACAGAGUUGGUGUGUUAUAUACACCGCCCCGACCUAAACGGGACCCCCAACCUCCCUCGGCCACUGGCUCUUCCCGUUCGCCCUCGGACAGAACAAUGCCGGACUGGCGGGACGAAUACCUCGCUUCGUUGAGGGAGGCAGAGCAGGACAAUCCCGUCAAUCACGAGCUUAUCCAAGCCUGCUCGCAGCUUCAGGACCGCAUAGCCGUCCUUGAGGCCGAGAAGGCCGCCCUGCAGGAGACGGGCGCUGGGGCUGCUGCGGGGGCCCCGCCCGUCCCGGCCUCGUCCCGGCGGGAUGCUGCUGCUGCUGCUGCUGCUGCUGCUGCCGGGCCCGCCGCGGCCUCGGACCCUUCGGUCGCGAGGCUCCGCCUGGAUCUCGCCGAGGCCCUGAGGGCCCAGGGGCUGCUACAGUCGCGAGUCAAGACGGCCGAGGGCGAGCUCCAGAGGCUGCGCUCCAAGACGGCCGACGACUCCAGGGCCAUCCGCCAGCUGACGUCGGAGCGCAACGUGCUCGCGACCAAGGUCAGGGACCGCGACGAGGAGCUCCGAGGCAAGUCCAAGCUAGUCGAGAAUGUCCAAGACGAACUCCUUGCCCUUACCCUCCAGCUCAACGUCACGGAACAGAAAAAGGCAAAGAUCGAGGCCGAAAAUAAGGAGCUUGUAGAACGGUGGAUGAAGCGCAAAGGCCAGGAAGCCGAAGCCCUCAACCUGGCAAACGAGCCCCUAUUUACCAGGCGACAAUGACGAGCCCCGUCAUAUGCUUCAAGGCACCUCUCAAAGGCAUAUAUUAAGAAUCCCUCGCAUGUCGGUGUUAUUGGUCCUCGAGAUUUCGCUGGUCUAUGUUGGCACGGCAAAUAGGGAGGGCAUCGUCACUUCCUCGUCGAAAUGCAAAAGGUACCCCCGGCCGCGGUCCAACUCACGUAGCCCUCGGGGUACGUGAGGUGCUCGACGUCUAGAAUGGUGCUACCAACAUCGUUGAGCGCAUUCUUGUGGUCGUGGACGAAGCUCUUGAGCGACACUAUCUUGCAACCACUCUUGAGGUCCAGGAACAUGCGGACAAGGUCGUCGUUGAGCUGCGACGUGAAGGCCUGGUUGUUGACAAGAACAACAUCGGCGCGCUGGAGGGCUUGGUGAAUCCUCUGGUUCGUCCGGAAGUCUCCUCUUUCCAGCCGCACCCUGCCAGGCGCCACUCCCCAUAGCCGACAGCGCGCGCUGAACUCCCUCUUUUGCGCCUCGGCCAGGUUGCAGGCGUUUUCCAUCAUCUCGCAGCCCCAGCUUUCGCAGCCGAUAUCGAGGGCCGCCUGCAGCACAACGUUCCCGACCCCGGAGCCGAGGUCGACGAAAACUUGGCCCGAAGUCAUAUUCAGCCUCCGGAUGAGGAUGUCGUUUAUGAAGGGGUGCAAGAGCUCGCCGUAUACAUUGUCGGUGCCGUUCUCGUACUUGGCCAGCAGCUCCACCUUGGGAGCGACGGUGCGGUCGUACACCUGCUCAAGUAUGAAAGCGACGAGGUCGUUGGGGAGGGCCUGUCGACUGCCGAGAUUUCGGGCUAGCGCGCCGCUGGACCGGAGAGCAAGGACGUGGCUGUUGUAUUUGUCCAAGGCCCUGCGAAACGCCUUGUAAUCCUGGACCGAGGGGCUCGAAGCGCGCUCGAGUUGCCGCACCAAGCCGUUGGCGGGGUCGUUUAUCAGGAGGGCCUCACUAUCGCUGAGAUAGGUGUCGGCCACAUGUUUUAUCACCCGUAUUAUCUCGGGAACGGCAUCUAUCAUGUCCUUCCCAGAAACAAGCUCAUACCUAGCGGGAGUUGCUGUCAGCAUCAAGACGCGCGGCAGCAGUAGUUUGUUCCAAGGCAUUUGUAGGCCCCUACUUACCGUUCUCUUUGUCGCAGACCUGGGUACUGCAGCUUUACCGCAACCUCGGCCGGCGGGGCGCCAAGCGAGGGCGAGCAUUUGAGGGCAAGCGACGCGAGAUCGGCAGCGUGUAUGAAGCGUGGCUCUGGCCUUUCCUUGCCGUCGCCCUGCGUUUCUGUCAGGCCAGGCGAGACGAGCAUGCGGUCCGGGUCCGGAACGCGAUCGCUGUCGGCAGUGCGCUGUCGCUUGCGCGCGUCGAUACUCUCCUCCCAGUCAUCGUCGUCGGACUCGGAGUCAUUGUCGAACGUGACGCGGUCGCUCGCGGGGGAUCGGCGCGGGGUGGUGCCGGGGCCGACGCUGGAGGACUUGCGCUUGCGCGCCUGGCCCUGCGCCGAAUGAUCCGAGGCGUACGAGGACGACGAGGGCAGCGGGGACGCGCUGGCCGCGUUCCUGCGCAGCGGAUGGUGUGUGGCAGUGGCGGCGCCGAGGGUGCCGCGGGGUCCUGCCGACGACCCGGCCUUCGGCUGGGGCUUCGGCUUCGGCUUGACGACGACCUUCUCGAUGCGGAUCGUGGGCGGCGCGACCUUUAGCUUUGAUUUUUGGGUGAGGAUCCCCAUGGCGCAGGGUCAGGAGGCGCGGGGCACGGUCGGUCCGUGAGCGACCGGCGACGCUGGAUGAGGAGUGAAUGCGUGCUCGGGUACGGCCGCAGAGGUAGGCGCCAACCCGAUGGAUCCUGGUUAUGCGCGCAUGAACCCCGGAACCGGGAGCGUCCACGUGGGUGCCGGGUCGGGCUGGCGUCGAGGGGCGGCCGAUCGGGGAGGCGGAGCACCGGGUUUGGCUACGGCCGGGGGCUGCGCACGCACCUGUGCGUCUUCGUCGGAUGUUGGUGGCUGUUGCGCCGGAGCGAAGAGAGGGGGGAGAGCAAGGAUAGGCUGGAGGUUGGUAGUAUAUAGGUAGCUAGGUAGGUAGAGAGGUAGAUGAAGAAAGUGUGCGAAAGACGAUGGUGGUGCCAGACCGAAUCCGACAGACAGCCUGGU